GCUAUCUUCCUUGAGUUAUCUCUGAUCAUAUUAUAGUCAUCUUCUUAGAGAGUUAUGGCAAUUUCAAAAGCUUUUAUUGCUUCUCUUCUCAUAUCUCUUCUUGUUCUCCAACUCGUCGAGGCAGACGUGGAAGUCUCAAACAAAAAGAAUGGGCCUUACGGCCCUAAGAUUGAUUGUGGAACUGCGUGUAUAGCACGGUGCAGGCUCUCAAGUAGACCGAACCUUUGCCACAGAGCGUGCGGGACUUGCUGCACCACGUGCAACUGUGUGCCACCAGGCACGUACGGAAACUACGACAAGUGCAAGUGCUACGCCGGCCUCACCACCCACGGUGGUCGCCGCAAGUGCCCUUAAGACUAUUUCGUUUUGUUUGUCAGUAAUUGUUGGCAUUACGCCAUAUUA